AUGUUCAAUGUUCCCCUGCAGGCUAUACUUUCGGCCGCUAGCGCGCCGCAAUUUCACUAUAUUUUAGGGGCAUCCCUCCUUCCCUUCGAUCCAAUUCUCACCUCUCAACCAAUGGCACUCCUCAAACUCGCCAACGAACUUCUCGGAAUCAUCGGAAGUUACAUCGACUCUCAAAUUUCCCUCUAUGCUCUAGUCCGCACGUGCCGACGACUGCAUACGCUAUUCAUACGGCCCCUGCACCGCCUCAACAUUACGCGCCAUAAUUUCUCGGCGCUCUGCUAUUUAUCCGAGCAUGGUCAAGAAAAGAUUAUCCGCCGAUUUCUGGCCGAAGAUGCCUAUCUCCCACCCCAAGUACAACGCCAGUGGCGGUUUCUCAUUGGAUCAGUCAGCACCAGAAUACUUCACCCUCUAAGUGGAGCCGCCAAGAAUGGACAUGAGGCAGUAAUCAAACUUUUACUCUUCGAGCUCGGGGCGAGUCCCAACAUUCGGGACGCAUACAUGUCCUUUCCACUCAAUUGGGCCGCGGAGAAUGGCCAUCUCGGGGUGGCAGAGCUGUUAGUUGAGUCUGGUGGGGCAGAUGUAUGCGCACCGGGUAGGCAGCGGCGAAAUCCCUUGGCUUCCGCUGGAAUCUACGGUCAUGUACCCGUGAUGCAGUAUCUAUUCUCUAUGAUAGUUACUCAGGGGAAGAAUGAUCCUAUACAAGAGGCUAUCAAUGCUCUAAUACAUAUGAUCCCCAGCUCAUGGCCUGAUAAUAUAGAAGCAUCACUGUUUUUGGUAGACGCAGUACAAGAUGUUAACAUCUACAUGCCGGUGCAAACCCCAUUAUCCCUAGCGGCCCAGCAUGGCCGGGUCGAUCUGGUCGAGGCGCUACUUGACCGAGGGGCGGAUAUAGAAAAGCGAGCUCGUGAACAGGGCCGCACACCGCUCAUAUCGGCUGCGAUGUAUCGGCAGGUGGAGGUGAUCUGGGUAUUACUUGCGGCGGGGGCGAACCCCAAUAUCGUUGAUGGGAUGGGAAGUACACCACUUCACUAUGCGGCGGAGGCUGGGAUGGAUACUGCAGUAAGGCUUCUGCUGGCUAAGAACGCGGAUGCGAGUUUCAAAGAUGGAAAAACUGGCCGGACACCCAGAGAAUGGGCAUUGGAGAAAGGACAUCAAGAUGUGGCUGCUUUGCUACUGUCUUCAUUACGGAAUGAGUAA